GACAGCUGUGGGUAAGUGGCCCCAGGCUCUGGGAGGGAGCUUGGGCAACCCUUGUGGGCUUCACUGGAGGGGGCCUGCUUGUCCCCCAUGGCCACCCCACAGGUUCUUGAAGGCCGUCUGGGAGGCUCAGCUCCUUGCCAGCUCCCGGGCUGCCGGCACAACUGGUCCACGGGCUGAAGCAGAAAGCGGGGCGAGGGGAGCGGGCGCACGCCCCACGGGUUUCCUCGGCCCUUCUGGCCAUGCCGUGUGGGGAGGGAAGACAGCUGGCCUUCAGCCGCAACGGCGCAAGCCAUCCAGCAGCACAGUAAGGAGUUUCUGGUUACAGAGGGAGCUGCGGCCUUCGGCCCAUGGCUUUGCACUACGGCAUGUCGCGCGUCGUGGGUGGCACAGAUGCCCAGCCAGGGGCCUGGCCCUGGAUCGUCAGCAUCCAGGCUCUCUUGGAAGGAGGCACGGCGCACAUCUGCGGGGGCUCCCUCAUCAGCCCACAGUGGGUCCUCACAGCAGCCCACUGCUUCAUCGAGGUCAGGUACAUCACCGCCUUGCGCGUGGUGCUCGGUGUCACCCAGCUGACUCAGCUGGGCCCUGAGGCUCAGGUGCGCAACGUCAGGCAGCUGCUGGUUCACCAGCACUACAGGAAUGUCACGCAGAGGAACGACAUUGCCUUGCUGGAACUGGACCAGCCUGUCCAGUGCAACAGCUACGUACAGCUUGCCUGUGUGCCUGACGCCUCGCUGAGAGUCUCAGAGCUGACAGCCUGCUACGUCAGUGGCUGGGGUGCCAGGAAUGCAAGAGGUGAGUUGCCAAAACCUACAUCGGCAUACGCGCUGCAGGAGGCCCAGGUCCACCUCAUCGAUGCCAGGGUCUGUAACAGCAGUGGGUGGUACAGAGGGGCCAUCCACACCCACAACAUCUGUGCUGGCUACCCGCAGGGCGGCAUCGACACCUGCCAGGGGGACAGCGGUGGGCCUCUCGUGUGCCAAGACAAGCGCGCGGACUACUUCUGGCUUGUUGGUGUGACCAGCUGGGGGACGGGCUGUGCGAGAGCAAGGAAGCCCGGCGUCUACACCUCCACCCAGCACUUCUACGACUGGAUCCUGGCGCAGAUGGGCCUGCGCCCAGCAGUAACGACUACUGCAAGGCCACAGCCGGUCUUCACCUACACCCCCGUCCAGAGGCCAAGGCCAAGGCCAAGGCCAACAGAAGCGGGCAGGUUUACACCCUGCCCGUUUCCAGUCCAGAAGCUGCUGGACUUCUUUACUCGGCUGCAGGAGCUCCUGCAGUACCUAAGGGGGAAACAGCUUGGAGCAGCACGAUGAAGAGGGUCCAGGGCAGGCUGCAGCGCACCACCACCGCUUCCCGCUGGGGCAAUGCCUGCUGAAGCAAAGGCAACCUCCGUGUCAAAGGCCUGCUCUGUCCUGCCCGCGCUCCUCGCAAGGGCAGAAUGAAGCUGGCUGACUUCUCGCAAUAAAGUGUUUCUGUCUGCACGGCUAACCACGCGCCAGUCCACUUCAGUCUCCUGUGCAAGGCAAGGACGUCCGCGCCCGGCACCUGCCGAAGGAGGCGGGCUGCCACGUCGGGCACAAAGGGUCACUGCAAAGGGCUGAAGCUCUGCCCGCUCUGAGAGAAGCAUGAGGACAGAGUGGAAGAAGGGAAGGCAGGUCAUUGCAGGGCUCGGGGCCUUGGGGGUGGCACCUGGAAGCAGAGAAUGCCUUAGGCCGGCUCCUGGUGGGAACCCCGGGUGCUU